CGCUCUUACGCUGUAUAAAUAAUCUUUGUCCACGCAUAAGACGUCACGGUUCUGGAAAGUCUCGUUCACGCGCGCCGGUGUCUGCCGAGAGUGAGAAGAAGUCGCUUAGCCGGAAAACUAUUCGGGGGUGAAAGGCGUGGGUCCUUCGCACCCAUAAACAGGGUCCUCUUCCAAAGCACCCAUUUUUACCCCCACUCCCUUUUUUUUUCCUUCCUUUUUUUUGUUUUGUACUCGAGGACAAGGGAAAAGUUCACCGUCCAGGAGCAUUAAAACUGUGGUUUACAUGGUCUGGGUUCAACAUCAUCAUCCUUGUGGAUCACAAGAGGAAAUAUGAGCUCAUCCAAGCCCAGUGGGAUCAAAGUGCCCAGCAAGAUAGCCAGACCCCCCGGGGCCGGCGCACCGAAGACCAACCCCAGCACAGGAAGUAAAGCUGCUCCAACACAAAAAUCUGCCGCCGAUACGGAAGAUUCCCUGAGUGGCAGCGAUGGAUUCCAGAUUGGCGAGCGAGUUUGGGUGAAUGGGAACAAACCGGGUCAGAUACAGUUUUUGGGAGAGACACAAUUUGCCCCGGGACAGUGGGCCGGGAUCGUUCUGGACGAGCCCAUCGGGAAGAAUGAUGGUUCUGUGGCGGGUGUGCGCUACUUCCAGUGUGAGGCACUCAGGGGGAUAUUUACCCGUCCGUCCAAACUGUCUCGCACGGAGGGCGAGGCCAACGGAACUCAGACUGCACCACCGUCCCGCGCCGCGUCCCCCACCCUGUCGGUGGGCAGUGUCGCCUCCCACACGCCUGCCACGAAAGCAACACUACCCUCAUCGGCAGCAGCUAAGAAAACCUCAACCGCUGCACGAACCGCACCCGCAAUGCCGUCUUCCAACCUGGAUCGUGCAAACAGUGAAUCCAUCUCCAACCUCUCCGAGAGCGGAUCCGUCAAGAAGGGAGAGAGGGAGCUAAAGAUGGGCGACCGUGUGUUGGUUGGUGGAACCAAGGCAGGAGUGGUUCGUUUUCUGGGAGAAACCGAUUUUGCCAAAGGCGAGUGGUGUGGCGUGGAGCUGGAUGAACCUUUGGGAAAGAAUGACGGGGCCGUGGCCGGCACAAGGUAUUUCCGGUGCCAAGCCAAGUACGGCUUGUUUGCGCCAGUGCACAAGGUCACACGCAUUGGCUUCCCCUCCACCACGCCGGCCAAAGCAAAGACGACGGUUCGUAAAGUGGUGGCGACCCCAGCAGGGCUGAAGCGAAGCCCCAGUGCCUCCUCCAUCAGCACCCUGAGCUCAGUGGCCUCCUCUGUCAGCAACAAGCCAAGCCGCACAGGCCUGCUAACAGAGACGUCAUCACGGUACAAUCGCAAGAUUUCGGGCACCACGGCCCUGCAGGAGGCACUGAAGGAGAAGCAGCAGCACAUUGAGCAGCUUAUGGUGGAGAGGGACAUGGAGAAAGCCGAAGUUGCUAAAGCCACAAGCCAUGUCGGGGAGCUGGAGCAGGAAAUCACGUUGCUCAGGGACGACCAGGAGCAGUUACGUGCCUUGGUAGAAGCUGCAGACAAAGACAAAGUCGAUCUUCUGAACCAGCUUGAGGAGGAGCGUAGGAAGGUUGAGGACCUUCAGUUCCGUGUAGAAGAAGCGUGCAUCACCAAAGGGGACCUUGAGACGCAGACCAGACUGGAGCAUGCCCACAUUAAGGAGCUUGAACAGAGCCUGCACUUUGAAAAGACCAAAGCUGAGAAGCUCCAAAGGGAGUUAGAAGACACUAGGGUUGCUACGGUGUCGGAAAGAUCCCAUAUCAUGGAGCUUGAGCGGGAUCUCACACUUCGAACCAGGGAGGUUGCCGACUUGCAGCUCCUUCUCGGGUCCCAACAGGCGUCUGGUGGCUCAAACGCUGCCCUUUCUCCUCUCCUGGAAGAGAUUAGCUCUCUUAGGAAUCAGUUGGCGUCUUUGGAAGCCAAGCAACAAGAUGAGCUGACCACGUACAAGGAGAAGCUGGAAGCUCAAGAGAAGGCCCACGGUGAGGCAGUCGCCCAGCUCCAGGCUGCAACCGUUAGACUGUCGGGUGACAACGAGCAGCUGAACAUGCGCUUGAGCCAGGCUGAGAAGGAGAGCGGCGACGUCACUGAGCAGUGGCGUUCCAAGUUGGAUUCGGCCGUCGCUUCCCAUCAGCAAGCCAUGGAGGAGCUGAAAUCGUCCUUCAGUCAGGGUGCGGGGGCUCAGGCAGCAGAGCUUGUGGAGACCAAAAGUGCACUUGAGAGGCUGAAGCUGGAGCACACGCUGGCUCUUGAGGAGGCCGUUGGCAAACAUGAAUCUGAUGCCGCGGCUCGCACUCAGGAGAUGCAGACACUGAAGGAGCGGCUGUCGUCAUUGGUUGAUGACAAGGAGCGCCUGGAGGACGCGCUGCGGUCCAGUGUGGAAAAAGCAGAGAACCAGCACCUUGUGGAGAUGGAGGACAUCCUUGGUAAACUUCACACUGCUGAACUUAGGGUGAAGGAGCUGGAGGAGAACGGAGAGAAGCUUGCACAACAGACCCAAGACAAGAACAAAGAGACCAAAGACAUGGCAGCGGUAAUGGCGGACCUCCAGAGCCAAGUGACGCAAAGCAGCCAGGAGCUCGAGGCGCUAAAGGCUCGGCUGGAAGAUGUUCAGAACCAAGGAAAUUCCCAGGGUACCAAGGUUAGUGAACUGAGCUCACUUUUGAUGGUCCGAGAGAAAGAAAUGGCCUCACUACAGCAAAGUUUGGCCACUGCAGAGCAGGAGAAGGGUAAUGUGGAGCAGCAGCUUGGAAGCCUGAAGCAACAGUUGUCUGAAAGCACAGAGGAGCAGACUAAAUCUGCCAAAACUAUGCAAGAAACCAUGGAGAGGCUCAGCAAGAAGGAGGAGCAGUGCACAUCCCUGAGCACAGAAUCCGAGUCUCUCAGGAGUCAGCUUAAUGGGCUGGAGAGGAAGCUGGUGGCUGCAGAUGCGAAGCUGGAGCAGCUCACAAAUGACAAAAGCAAACUGGAGAAUGACAUUUCGGACAUGAUGAAGGCAUCCGGCGAUAGUUCAGUGCAGCUGACCAAAAUGAAUGAUGACCUCCGACAGAAGGAGAGGAGGCUGGAGGAGUUGCAGUGUCAGCUUACGGAGGAAAAGAAUACGAUGGCCCAGUUGAAUGAACAACAUGAGCAGGCGCUUUCCCGCAAAGACCAGGACCUUCAAGAAACACGAGAUACACUUGAUGCUCAAAUCAAAAGUCUCCAGGAGAAGAUUACAACCUUGGAGAAGACUGUGCAGCAGGACGUAAGCAAAGCUGAGGAGCUGAAGGCCUCUCAGGAGAAGGCACUCUCCCAGGCCUCAGAGCUCCACGGGAAGGAAGUUAAGGCGCUGCAGGAACUGGUCGACAGCCUGAAGCAGGAGCUGUCCUCUUCCAAGGACAGGAGCCAGGAGCUGGAGAAAGCCGUGUCUGAGCUGCAGGCAUACAAGGAGCAGCUUCAGUGUCUUUCCGCUGAGCUUGACUCCUCCAAGCAUGAUGUUGAAAACUUGUCCAAAAAACUGGAGAAGCAGACUAUAGAACUGGAGCGCAAUUGUAAGGAAAGUGAGGAUGUUCAUGCCGAGAAAUGUAAACUGGAGAAACAAUUGUCAGAUGUGCAAAGCCAGCUCUCCGCUCUGGAGCCUCGCUUCCGGGACCUUUCUGUCAAGAAUGAGGAGCUGCUUGCGACCGCAGAGGACCUUUCAAAGAGUAAGGAUGAAUUACUCGACUGCAACAAGCGGUCCAACCGGGAACUAACUUCAUUGAACUGCGAGGUGGACGACUUGAAAAGGUGUCUUCAGGAAGUACAGACUGACAACGCAAACCUGAAGCAAGCCAACGACGCACACCAGGCUGAUAUCGCAGAGCUCCAAAAACAGAAUGACGAGAAGAGCGUCAUGUUGCUCAAGCAUCAGCAGGACGCUCUUCUGAUUGAAGCUAAAAGGAAGGAGCUGCUUGAAGACUACGAAAAUGUCUGCAAAGAACGGAGCAGGCUGGAAGAGGACCUCGGCGAAAGCCGGUCUAAACUUACGUGUGAGAAUGACAGACUGCUUUCGGAGAGAGAUGCCGCUAGAAAUGCCAAAAAGUCUCUUGAUGCUAAGAAUGCUGAGUUGCAAGCCAAACUGCAGUCCUUAAACUUGGAGAAAGAAGAUCUGACGAUGAAGAACAGCCAACUGCAAGCCAUCACGGAGACUUUAACUAAAGAAAAGGAUGCCUUGUGCUCUGAAAUCAGUGCUGCCACUUUGCAUGGAAAGAACCUGGAGAUGCUGAAAGAGGAACUCCAGAAUAAGCUCAGUCUCACCAUGAAAGACUUAGAUGGUUCCGUCCGUGAAUGCGAAGACCUCAAAGCAUCCAGACUCAGCCUAGUCCAGAUGCUGGAAGAGUCCAAGACCAGCAGUCAGGUUACCGAUUCCGAAAGGCUUCACCUCCUGCAGGAAAAGGAGGACUUGCUCGCCGCGCAAAGGAAAGUGUGCAAGGAGAAAGAGGAGCUCGUCAAAGAAAUCGAAGCACUCAAGGAGAAGCUCCAAAUCUCCUCUCAAGAGUUGACUCAGUCCGCUGCCAAGCUGAGCGAGGCGUUGGCGUCGUCUGAGCGAGAAAGACAAUCAUUUAGCGCACAGAGUUCUGAAACCUCAGAGGCUCUGCAUGCAUUGAGAAAAGAGAAACUGACCCUGGAAGCGGCGCUUGAGCAGCACAAGAUGGAAUACGAUAGUCUGGCGGGUGAGAAGGGAGAGUUGGAGGGGCAGCACGCUAAAGCCCUGUCCGACAUUGGCGCUCUUUCACUUGAGCGCGAUAAGCUAGCAAGCGAUGUCCGGUCAACAAAGGUCCAGUUGGAGAGCUUCUCCAGAGCUAAUGCUGAGCUCGGUCAGGAACAUUCUCAUUUAGAAGCGAUGCUCCAGGAAACCAAAUGCCAAAAAGAGUUGGCUGAAACGGAGUUGACCUCCUUGAGGAAGGAAAAGUCCGAGCUCCAGAACGAGCUGAAGAAAUGCUCCUGCGAUAUUGAGUUUCUCGAAAAGGCCAAAGCUGAUCUGGCUGAAGAGUGCAGCAAGCUACAAACGGAUUCCGAGACCUCUACUGCAGAUCUCCGCCGGCAAGUUGACCACCUCACAACAGAUUACAGCCGACUGCAGUCUUCUCAGGUUGAAGCAGACACAAGAACACAGUCGCUGCAGAAGGAAAAGCACGACCUCCUACAGGAGAUCCAGGAACUAAAAAAACAGACCGAGUCAUUGUCUAAGUUCAAGCACCAUCUUGAGGACCAGCUACAGGCGGAAUGUAAUGAACGCACCAAAGCCACUUUAGACAAGGACUUGCUCUCCAAACAAGCAGAACAGCUGCAAAACACCUUGUCCAAACUUGAGCAGGACAAUGAAGACAUUUCCUCUCAACUCAAGAAUGCCGAUGAGCAGAAGGCCUCUUUAAUAGCAGAGAUGGAUGCUAUGAGAACACAAGUGAAGGAGAAAGAGCAAGAAAGCAGCCACCUAUCUGAAGGAAAACAAGAGCUUUUAUUGAAACUUGAGGAGAUGGACAAACAGGUGACUGCCCUUGAGGCCGAGAAGGAGAACCUUUUGUCAGGACGGCUUCGACUCGAGCAGGACAUUUCUUCUUUACACACUAGUCAAGAAAAAUGGCUGGCAGAGAAAUCCCAGCUCACUGAAGAGUUGGAGAAGUCCCGAGCAGGUCAUAAGAAGCUGGAGGAGGAAGCGGAGGCCCUCAGAGCAGACAACGAGGCGGCUGUCGCUCAGAUUAGCGCCUCUGCCAGCGCCCGAGACAUCAUCUCCUCCAGCGCCGCAAACUUAGCAGCCGCAAAGGAGGCUUUGCAAGUGGAGAGGGAUGAGGCCAUCCAGCAGGUCGCGCAGCUCCAGUCCCAACUCAAACAUGCCGUUGCUAAGCAACUCGAGGCCUCUGAUGUUUCUGGUAAAAGCGCUGAUGCCGUUGAGCAGCUUAGUAAAGAGAGAGAUGCGCUGCUUCAGGAGAAGAGUGAAGCCAAAGCUCUGCUGGAAGGUCUUCACACGGCCAAGCAGGACAUGGACACUCAGCUGGAAGCCCUGAAGAAAGAAAAUUCCAAGCACCGAGAAGAUCUGACUGCAUCCAAAGAGCACCUUUGCACAGAAACCCAGAAGACAAAGAGUCUGUCCCAGGAAAUUGAGAAGCUUAAAGAGGCGCUUUCCUCAAAGUCACAGUCCCUGGAGACUUUGCAACAUGAGAACCAGAAGCUGACUCAGGACCUUCAGAACAAUCACCAGGACCAGGGUGAACUUGUGAAGCUGAAGGAUGAGCACUCCAAACUCCAAACGCAGUUGAAGGAGUUGAAGCAAAGCCUGCCGAGUUAUGCCUUCAGCAAGAGCACCUUGAAAGAGAAGAUGGACAAGGAGAAGGCAGAGUUCCAGAAGUCCACCCAAAGAAACGGUGCCUUAAUGUCAGAGAAGGAACAGCAGAUGGAGGCGCUCAAGACUGAGCUGGCUGCUGUGCGCGGGCAAAGUGCCUCGGCCAUCACAUUGCAGGGAGUCAUCGAGGCCUUGGAGCAGGACAAGGCUCAGCUUAAGGAGCGUGUGGAGAGACUGGAGAAGGAGCGGGACGCCCCUUCAGGUGAUGCUGUUUUGGACCAACUGCGGGAAGACAAGGAGACAGCAGAGAGUCAGUAACGUCCAGUCCGUGGCCUUGCAGCUCCCAGACCAGACGGAGAUGCAGUUGGUCAGCAGGCUCUCAAUAGUCCCUCUGUAGAAGGUGGUAAGGAUAGGAGGGGAGAGGGAGGCUCUUCUCAUCCGCCGCAGGAAGUGCAGUCGCUGCUGUGCCUUCUUCGCCAGAGAGGAGGUGUGGAGUGACCAGCCGAGGUUGUCCGUGAUAUGCACCCCCAAGUACUUGGUUGUGUUCACAAUGCGGGUUUUGUCCUGGUCAUGGAACACUGGACCAGCUCUACACCCUCACCAGGGUGCUUGAGGGUGCAUGGGAGUUUGCCCAACCAGUCUACAUGUGCUUUGUGGAUCUGGUUCGCAUUGCCAGUAGUAAGUAGUAAGCUGCCCUUUGUCACCGAUUCUGUUCACAAUUUUCAUGGACAAAAUUUCUAGGCGCAGCCAAGGUGUUGAGGGAGUCCGGUUCGGGGGCCUUAGAAUCUCACCUCUAUUUGCAGAUGAUGUGGUUCUUAUGGCCUCUCUGGGCUGUGACCUUCAACGUUUACUGGGACUGUUUGCAUCUGAGUGUGAAGCGUCUGGGAUGAGACUCAGUACCUCCAAAUCAGAGGCCAUGGUUCUCAGUCGGAAAAGGGUGGAGUGCUCCCUCCGGGUUGGGAAUGAGGUCCUGCCCCAGGUGGAGGAGUUUAAGUAUCUCGGGGUCUUGUUCACGAGUGAGGGAAAGUGGGAGCGUGAGGUCAACAGACGGAUCGGCGCAGCCUCUGCAGUAAUGCGGUCGCUGUACCGGACCGUUGUGGUGAAAAGAGAGCUGAGCCGGAGGGCAAAGCUCUCAAUUUAGCGGUCGAUCUACGUUCCCACCCUCACCUAUGGUCAUGAGCUUUGGGUCAUGACCGAAAGAAUGAGAUGGCGGAUACAGGCGGCUGAAAUGAGUUUCCUCCGUAGGGUAGCUGGACUCACCCUAAGAGAGUAUGAGGAGCUCAGUCAUCUGGGAGGGUGACUGAGCAGUAGAGUAGAGCCGCUUCUCCUUCACAUCGUAGCUCGGGCAUCUAGUCCGGAUGCCUCCCGGACGCCUCCCUGGUGAGGUGUUUCGGGCAUGCCCAGCUGGGAAAAGGUCCCGGGGCAGACCUGGAGUGAUUAUGUCUCACAGCUGGCCUAGGAACGCCUUGGUGUCCUCCCGGUGGAGCUGGAGGAGGUGGCCGGGGACUGGGAAGUCUGGGCUUCCCUACUGAGACUGCUGCCCCCGCGACCCGGACCCCGGAUGACCGGAGGAAAAUGGAUGGAUGGGAUUGUUCAGUGUUUAGAAUAUACGCUUGAGCGGCCUCCCGAGUAAAUACUUGCGUUGAACUCCUCUUAUAUAUCCACCAUCAUCUCGGCUUAGCGUUGAUCAUUCGUACCGCUAUAAAUAAUUUUCUUAUCAUUGGAAGAAUCUAGAUUAAAAAAAUUUGUCCCAAUUGGGAAAUGACCUCCUGAGUCAGCCUUUAAAGUUUGGCAUCUUUAUGACUCAUAAGCACGGUUGCUUGAUUCCCACAUCAAAUUCCGUUACAUCAUAUUAGCCAAUUCAAAUGAAAUCCUUCUCAGCGGCGUGUUGACACAUCCCGGUAUUAAUCACAUCCAUCUGGGGCUCACGGGAAUGUAAUCCACACCCUCGUUUCUUCUUAUACCUGACUGCAUGUUGAUGGAUGGAUGGAUAAUCGUAUUCAGUGAAGUGGGAAAACAUGGCGUGGAAGUGCAGGAAGUGACAUCGUUCAUUUUAGUCAGCGCACUCGCUGAAAAAGAAGAAAAGUCUGUGACAUGAGUCUGUGACUCGAGUCCAAACCUCUGGGGUUCUAUAUUAGUAACUGCAAUAAACCUCUUAAUGGUCUUCCAAGUACGGCUUUGAACAUUAUUAGAGCCCUCUAGACAUGAAAUAACACCCCUAUAGUCACCUUUUACAUUGUGUAUUACCCAUAGACUUAGCAAUUGCUAGUUUUUCUUCUGGACAGCUUAAAUGAAUGUGGGAGUAAAUCAGAGCACCCGGGGUGGAAUUGAACUAGGGUCUCCUAGCUGUGUAGCCUGCACGCUAACCACUCAUCCACCAUGCAGCUUACAGUAGACAUAAGUGUGUAUACCACAGUAAAUGUGACAUUGGAGGUUCAGAAUUGAGUUUUAGCCCCAACAGUAGCCUGUUAUUAUUGUGAUUGAUUGUCAAUUAAACCUGCAGUGAACGCUUUCUGCUGCUUGUGUCACCUGGUGGUCAAUGAAGGACACUGCAUCCCAGCUGUCUUCGGGCGAGAGGCGGGGUACACCCUGGACUGGUCGCCAGCCAAUCACAGGGCACAUAUAGACAAACAACCAUUCACACUCACAUUCAUACCUAUGGACAAUUUGGAGUCGCUAAUUAACCUAGCAUGUUUUUGGAAUGUGGGAGGAAACCGGAGUACCCGGAGAAAACCCACGCAUGCACGGGGAGAACAUGCAAACUCCACACAGAGAUGGCUGAGGGUGGAAUUGAACCCUGGUCUCCAAGCUGUGAGGUCUGCGCGCUAACCACUAGACCGACGUGCCGCAUUUUAGUUGAUUUAUCAUGUUUAUGCGUGGGGUCCGUUUCGACCCCAGUCGGCAAGUACGGAGCGUUGCCAGCUCUGCUUGUAUUGUGCAGGUGUACCUAAUGAAGUGGCCGUCUCUCCUCUUUAAAAAAACAAAACAAAAAAAAAAAUGUUAUACCGUGUCAUGAAUAAACGUGUGUUGUGUCUGCGGGUUCUAACGGGAACCUUUUUUUUCUUCUUUUAAAUCCCAACGCUGUGCUCUUGUCUCUGAUGUUGCCAACGCUGUACCGCCACCAGGCAGCGGUUUGUUGACGUUCUUCCAUCUGCUUCCCUCACGCAUGCGUCCCCUGUGUUUGCGUGUGUCGCAGUGUCAAUGUCUAAGGCACUUUGUUUUUUCGGGGUGACGGUGGCACGUGUUUCUGUCUGUCUGUCGUCUUGGUGGUGGCAUUUUGCUAUCUGUCAUGUCCAAUGGUUGCUUGGUAAGCGCUGUUGGAAGCAUGGCAGGCGGCUCAAAUACCCACCCACCCCCCACUCCCUCCGACACUCCACCAUUUCUAUGCCCUUCACAGUCACACGUUCAUCCAAAACAUCUCAUUUUCCAUGUAGCUUUCCUUUUCUCAAAUGCUCAUA